CGAAAGAUGGCGGCGGCGCCUCCGGAUGAGGCCACCCUGCAGUCUCGCAUCAACAAGGCCACCAACCCUUUGAAUAAGGACACUGACUGGGACAUUAUCAAGGGAUUUUGUGAUCAGCUCAACAAUGAUCCAGAAGGUCCCCAGGUUGCAACCAGACUCCUGGCCCACAAAGUCCAGUCUCCUCAGGAAUGGGAGGCUAUGCAAGCGCUUCUGGUUCUGGAGACGUGCAUGAAGAGCUGUGGGAAGCGAUUUCACAUUGAAGUGGGAAAGUUUCGCUUUCUCAAUGAGCUCAUCAAAGUGGUUUCACCAAAGUAUUUGGGAACCCGGGCUCCAGAGCCAGUGAAGAAUAAGGUGAUAGAAAUAAUGUUCAGCUGGACAGUGAAGAUGCCUCAUGAGACGAAGAUAGCAGACGCCUAUCAGAUGCUGAAAAAACAGGGCAUUGUGAAGGUAGAUCCUGCACUUCCUGAGGACAAACCCCUCCCACCCCCAGCACCCAGAGCCAAAAACAUCAUCUUUGAGGAUGAGGAGAAAUCCAAGGUUGCCGACCCCUGCGGCAGUAGCUCAGCUCUCGUAGACCUGAUGGGACUUAACGCAUCCUCAAACACAGCACCAUCCGACCCAGAGCCCCUCAGCCUGCAGACCCUCAUUCAGAACAUGGGCAUCAGCCUCCUGGAUGAUGAGCUCAUGUCACUAGGAUUGAAUCUAACGGAGAACUUUGACUCUCAGAACACUUUUCAGUCCUCUGAUGGCACAGAGUCCUCUGCUGCAUUGGGCCCUGCAGUGUUGCAGCCCGCUGUGGUCCAAACAGCAGCUCCACCAGCAGGCGGCCCCGCUGCUCCACCCAAACCCAUAGAAGGGCUGGACCUGUUGGGGAAGACCUUGUUACAGCAGUCCCUUCCUCCAGAGAGCCAGCAAGUCAAAUGGGAUAAACUCCAACCUCAAUCCAGAGUCACUUUACGAGACAUGCAGACCAAGUCCAACGCCAACCCUAAAGCAACCUCCAUCUCCUCCAAUCCCGCUCCUGCUCCUGUGCCCACUUUCAGCAUGGCUGUCCAAUCAGAGCCUCCGGACUCUCUCCUCCUCCCCAAUCUCAGUCUGGCCGUUUCUGCUGACCCCUACGACAACAUCUCUCUAGCUGAUGUUACCGUGCCUCUGGAAGCAAUCAAGCCUAGCAGCUUAUUACCAGUGACUGUGUUCGACAAACACAGUCUCCGGGUUUUAUUCACCUUUGCUCAUGACUGUCCUCCAUCCCGGCCCGAGGUGCUGGUGGUGAUCAUCUCCAUGCUGUCCUCCGCCCCCAUCCCCGUCACCAACAUCCGCUUUCAGGCGGCCGUACCAAAGGUGAUGAAGGUGAAGCUGCAGCCGCCCUCCAGCACAGAGCUCCCUGCCUAUAACCCCAUCCUGCCUCCAGCUGUCAUCACACAGAUCCUGCUGUUGGCCAAUCCUCACAAGGAAAAAGUACGUCUGCGUUACAAGCUGACGUUCAACCUAGGGUACACAUCUCACGAUGAAUCCGGAGACGUGGACCAGUUCCCGCCCCCCCACACCUGGGGGAGCCUUUAGGCCGACCUCCUGUCAUGAUCUGCUGCUGCUGCUGCUUCCUUUUAGAUUUCGGUUGAAGUUGUCCCUCAUCGCUGGCUUUGAGGCGGGACGGCCUCUCCCUCACUGAACGGUUUCAAACCCUGGUUUGGUGAUACAAACUGAAAUGAAACCGUCGUGGCUCCAGCUUCUACUUUGUGCCUUCCUUCGCAGCCUUCCUGUCUUUAUUCCAUCAUCUCCGCCUUCCUGUGUUUCGUACAUGCUUUUUCUUCAAUCAUUCCAACGCAAACUGCCAGAGAAAAGAUUCAAUGGGGAAACAAGUGGAGCCUAUUUAAAAAUGAAUGUGUGCAGUUGUCCACAUAACAAGCACUCCUCUCAGAUGUUGCAUGUCAUGUGAAAUACAUGUAACAGCUGGUGUUUUGCAUUAUUUCAGUUUUUUUACAAAACCCAAUCAACUCUGAAGUAAGGCACAUUCCUACCUUUUUCCACUUUGGGCUAACAUGUCCCACAAUCAGAGGGUUUGAGUGUUCUGGGUUGCUAUCAUUAUUUUCUUUCCGUUUGUUAAAACCGCUUUUCAGUUGCAUGCUUAAAGUGAUGUUUACAGUAUGACCAAGAGCCAAAACACCCAAUGUAUUCAAACUAUGAUCAGUAAGAUUUAUUUAAAUAAAUGUCCUAUAAAAUGGUUUCAGCACUACUUCAGUGUUCAAGAAGCAGCUGCAGCAAUAUGGGAUACAACAGUCAGAAAUCAAGUGGCGUAGGGAAAUGAAGAAACCCAAUUUAAACAUCACUUUGAAUACUUGGUGAUGAUUUUUGUUACUGUUCAGAGUUGAUCUGAAAUGCAGUAAUAACUGGAAAAGUAUCAACAUAGGUGUGUCCUGGGAGCACAAAUGAUAUAUUGGUACUUUUAAGUGAUUGCCUUUGUUGUUAUAUUUGUGUCAGAGCAGGAAACGUGCAGGUGUUAUGGAAUUCAAACGUCAUUGACUUAAUUAAUUACGUCUGUCUUUGAAGGGUGCUAAAUCUGACCCCGUUUAAAUUAUAUUUUAUUUUAAUUAUAUCUUUUAAAAAAGAUUGGGAAACUUGUUUUGAUAUUUUCACUCUAGGCUAUUUUACACAAAACAAUCGUUCAUGCACUUGUUUUAAUUUUGCACAUGAAACCAUUCCAUAUUUCCAUACAUUGUUUUUUUGUUUUUUACUGCUGUGUUACUGUGGCUCCACCCAAAGAGGGACAUCACUGUUGACAUCCGGUUUGAUUCUACCACAUGUGCCUGAGUUAUGAUUUUUAUUUUGCUUUGUACAUAUAUGUAAACAAAUGAUUCAGUUUCUCUUUUCAAAUGUUCUUAUCAGAAAAUACUUUGUGAGACAAACGUUACUGAAUCAUCCUAAUCAUCCACGGUUAUUGAGUUGAUUGGAGCACUUUUAGGGUCAUAAAAGGCUACAAUAAAUUGGUAAUGGAGGCAGACUGGGUCCAACUGAGAGAAAACGUUUCUAAAAUAACACGUGUGUUACAACAAUAAGGAUACAGUAAGAGAUUCAGUUUCUAAAUAUGGUGUGGGAUCAAUUGAACAACUACCCAUGGAGUAAUAAUGAUAGAUAUAAACCUGAUGGUAGAUCAACUUACAUCCUCAUCACAGUGCCAUUAAUCUGUUUUAUAGGCUGCUUCCUUAUUCUGACUUAUUUCAUUUCUAUAGAGAUUUGCCUAUAUUUAUUUACAGAUACAGUAACACCAGACAGGAAGUAAGAAAGCAAUAAUGAGACAAAUGUCGCCUCAGUAUAUACUUUUCAAUCAUUCAAGCAGAUUGUAAAUAAUGUACUUGUGCACGAUAUAUGUAAACUAUGCAUUGAGCGGCCUCACAGGUUUGACUUCAUCGUCAGAUACAAACUUAUCUUGUUGACUCAUUGCCAUCGAUUAAAAGGGCCAAAUUAUGCUUUUCUGGGUAUUCCCUUUCCUGCAGUGUGUUAUAUAGGUAUUUGUGCACAUGUCAAUGGCCUACAAGGCUACCCCCCGACCCCCCCUCCAGAAACACGUCAUUUGGACUCCUUUUUUCAGUUCCGUAACAAAAAGACAUCACUAUGUAACACUCGCACUUCUUUUGGCUAGCCCUCCAACACAUUGCAUUUGAUAGGCUUAAGGGCAGGACAUCUCUGAGCGGUUGACCAAUCACAGCAGACUGGGCUCUGGUUUUAGACAGAGGGUGAAAAGAGGUGCUGCAGCACAUGAGAACAAAAACAACCUUUUUGAACAUUAAAGCAUGGAGACACAGAGACACUACAUAGUAUACUGAUAUGAACCUGAACAUCAUAGGGCCCCUUUAAAAAUGACAUGUAUUGCAGCAUUUAUCUUCUCCAUGGUAUCCUUUUCUUUAGGAUGUGCGCUGGCCCUUUCUUUGACUGGAGAAGCAAUAAUGAGAAUAUGGCUAUUUGGACUUUAAUCGGAGUGUUUGGCCUUAAAGUAGUAAAUCAGCACGGCAUCUAUAUGUCUGCACUGAUGCAACCUUACUUACAGAACCAACUAUCGCACCAAUACUAUGACCAGGAGAAAUUGGAUGACCAAUGCAUUUGCAGCCAAACAUUUUAAUUUGUAUAGAGGUGCAUUUAGGGGUACGCUAAAAGGUCAUGUUUUUGCAGGUUCACAUAACACCCAUCCUUGGUCACAUCAAUCUUUUACUAAAAGUACCUAUAUGCUUCAGAUUGCAGUACACUGCAACAAUGAUUAGAUGCAUGGAAGAGCUGCCAUCCUUGAAUAAAUCAGACUGGUGGGCCCAUAUUUACUAGAGCAAGCAAAACAAAGUAACGUAGGGAACUAAAACAUGUAGCUUAAGACCCAGAACAUGAGAACUGUGUAUUUGGGAGGAAGGGACAUUUACAUUUGUGCUCCUUAUGUAAAUAAAAGCUUCAUGCCAUGAUGUAUAUUAUCAGUAAAAGCAACAACCAUGUACAUAUUGCUGGGUACACAUUGAGAAUGUACUACAAAUAUAUGUAUUAAAGGCCAAUAAAGUCAUUUGUAUGGACUGUACCUGACAUAAAUGGUAUGAACAAUGAUUUGCAAAGGAGAAACCGCUUUGAUUCUGUUAUUUAUUAAGAAAUUAAGAACAGAAUUAAUAAAAAAACAAGCAAGAAACCAAGUCAACAGUCUUGAAAAUAAUUCAGCCUUAGUUAUGAUGCUUAUUUAAGAAAUAAGAGUUAAAAGGUUACAAGUAAACGGAAGCAUACGUUUGAAAUUGAUAGAGGAUAGGAAUAAGUCAAAUAGUGGUUUCACGGUAUCAAAAGAAGAUAAACGGCUUCAGCAUUCAGAAUAA